UUUUUUUUUUUAAUUUGAAUCUACCAAAGAUUGUUAUGCUAUUAUCCCACCAUUGGAGCAGUUUAUGGAAAUCCCCAGCGCAGAGAGGCGAGAGCUCUUUUUCCGGGAUAUUGAACGUGGCGACAUAGUAAUUGGAAGGAUUAGUUCUAUUCGCGAAUUUGGCUUCUUCAUGGUGCUGUUCUGCCUGCGAAGCGGCGUUGUGCGAGAGAUAGCAGAUUUAGAAAUCACGGCGCUUUGUCCAUUAAGAGAUGUGCCUUCGCAAAGCAGCCAUGGGGAUCCCUUAUCAUAUUAUCAAAAUGGUGACCUUAUCCAAGCUGCAAUCAAGGAUAUUGAUCGCUACCAUGAAAAGCUCAGUGUAUCGCUGCACAAGUCUGCUUUAUCUCCCAGUUUAGCAAAUACCAAAUUAGGAGUCAUCAGCUCUGAAGAUUUGCCUGUGCAUUACAGGUAGGAAUAUAGGUAUACACAAUGACUCAAUGGCUAAGACCCUGAG